AUGAGGUCCGCGCCCAUUGCCAUUGCUCUCGUUGGCCUCGCUGGCUCAGUCAUUGCUGCUCCACCUCCCGCCCCACAGGUCACACCCCCGCCUUCGCUCGCAGAACUUGAAGAGAGAGGUCUCAUAGGUGGUCUUCUUGGUGGUGUCCUGGGUGCUGUUUUUUCUGAUAUCAAUUCCGCUGUGAGCGCCGGGAACCUGGGUGCCCUCACUUCGGCCUUGAAGAAAGUCACAGCUACCGCCACCCCUACCGACGUAGCCCAGGCCAGCGCUACCCUUGCAGCCAUUCAAUCAGCCUCUCCUUCCAGUCUUUUUGAAUACGCCGCUGCCCUUGCUGCCAACGGUCUUGUUGUCAACGACAUCAACUCACUCCUUACCAGCACCCUCGGCCAGUUCACUGGUGCCAACAGUCUCACCAACAGUAACCCCAACCCAAAGACAUCUGUCUAUCCUAAGAAGGGCACGUGCGACGCACCUUACUCCCUCUCUGAGACUGCCUUGCGCCAGGCCAUCCAUAUUCCAUCUACUUUCACCUAUGGAAAGAAGCCCCCUGUCAUAUUGUUUCCCGGCACUGGAAACACUGGUUACCAGACUUUUUCCGGAAAUCUGAUUCCCCUCUUGACCGGCGUCAGUUACGCAGACCCAGUCUGGGUCAACGUCCCUGGACAACUGCUCAACGACGCCCAGUUCAACGCCGAAUAUGCGGCGUACGCUAUUAACUACAUUGCCUUUUUGACCUCUCGCAACGUCUCCAUGAUCGCCUGGUCUCAAGGAAACAUCGAUUCUCAGUGGGCAUACAAGUACUGGCCGUCGACCCGUCUUGUAACCAGUGACCACAUCGCCAUUUCCCCCGAUUACAAAGGGACAGUCAUCGCCAACGCUGUCGACUUGACUGGUCUUACUAGGGACCCAUCUGUUCUCCAGCAAGAGUACUUCUCCAAAUUUAUCACCACUCUCCGCUCCAACAACGGUGACAGCGGCUAUGUCCCAACUACUGUCCUGUACUCUGGUUUCUUCGACGAGAUUGUUGAGCCACAGCAAGGUACGGGUGCAUCAGCUUACCUGCUCGACGCACGUGGCGUUGGCGUCACUAACACCGAAGUCCAAUUAACAUGCCCCGGUGCCGUGGCCGGCUCCUUCUAUACUCACGAAGGAAUGCUCUACAACCCCAUCACUUUUGCCCUCGUUCAGGAUGCUCUAACUCAUGCUGGCCCUGGUGAGACCAGACGUAUCAAUCUACCCACCCUAUGCACGCAAUACCUCGCUACUGGUCUAAACCUCGGCAAUUUCCUUGCCACUGAGAACUCAGUCGUGAUCGCUCUUCUCUCGCUCCUGCUUUACACGCCUAAGUUGGCCGCUGAGCCCUCUAUCUCGGCCUACGCCACUGCUACAAGCAUAUGCGCGACCUCUGUUCCUAUUGUUUCUCACACUUCUACUACAUUGAGCGCUGCCGCGAACAAGGGGGCCGCGGUUACGACUUCGAAACUUACGACUAUCACUACAACGCCUCAGAAGCCAACUUCUUCUGGCACUUCCACUAAGAAGGCUACCACCACCAGCAGCUCCACAAAGAAGCUUUAA